AUGGUCUCUGCAUCCGGAGGUAUUUUGGGCACUUUGCCAACAGUGGGGGAGGCCAGGUUUGCAUCUCCUGGUAUUCAGAUUCAACAACAAGCUGGGCACGUUUGUCUCUUGGUCCAGGGAUCCGUGGGCCUUGUAGUGGAUGCUCAGCUAGGAACUAACCCGACCAGUAUUGACAGUGUGGACAUUAAGAAAGAUCAAGAAGUAAAGCUGAAGCCUGGCCAUGUCUUACAUGUGGUAAAUAAGCUGUAUCCUUACACUGUAGAAUUUGUAAAAGAACCAGGCCAGUCUGAUUCUAGAGACCAACAGACGAAGUGCACCAACAAGAGGCCACACGAGAAUUCUCUAAAUAAGAGCAAAGACACAAAGUGCUCAAAACUGCAAUCUAAUGAUCUACUUGGUAGUAACAAGAACAGAGAUGAUACCUCAGCUGAGCAGCAACAAUGUGCUUCUCAGUCUGAAAACAAAGGACACUGGAGUCAAGGGCUAAAAGUUUCUAUGCAGGAUCCCAAGAUGCAGGUCUUCAAAGAUGAUAAACUAGUGGUGAUUAAGGACAAAUACCCUAAGGCACGCUACCACUGGCUGGUUUUACCAUGGCAAUCCAUCUCCAGUCUGAAAGCACUUCGGUCAGAACAUUUGGAGUUGUUGCACCACAUGCAUGCAGUUGGGGAGAAUAUUAUACAGGACCAUUCAUCUCUUAGUAGAGCAAAGUUUAGGCUCGGGUACCAUGCCAUAUAAUCAUUUAUUUUUAUUCCAAAUAGCCACAUUCAUUUGCAUGUCAUAAGUCAAGAUUUCGAUUCCCCUUGUAUGAAAAACAAGAAACACUGGAAUUCUUUCACUACAGAAUACUUUUUAGAUUCUAAAGAUGUAAUUGACAUGAUAAAACUAAAAGGAAGAGUGGAGGUAAAAGAUGGAGCAUCGGAGCUCCUUAAAUCUUCUCUUCAGUGUAAUGUGUGCAAAGUUCCACAAGCCACUAUUCCUCAGUUAAAGGCACACCUGAAGAAGCACUGGACCUAACAGCAGUA